UCCCGCCCUGCCCAGCGCUUGCUGUUCCGUGGCGGGAACUGAGGUGGCGGUGGGGACGGCGGUGAUUGGAGAAGUAACAAUGCAGGCAUUUCUAAAAGGCACAUCUAUCAGUACUAAACCACCAGUGACCAAGGAUCAUCGAGGAGUAGCAGCCACUGCAGGAAGCAGUGGUGAGAACAAGAAAGCCAAGCCUGUUCCCUGGGUGGAAAAAUAUCGUCCAAAAUCUGUGGAUGAAGUUGCUUUUCAGGAUGAAGUGGUGGCAGUGCUCAAAAAGUCUUUAGAAGGAGCUGAUCUCCCUAAUCUCUUGUUUUAUGGGCCACCUGGAACUGGAAAAACCUCUACUAUUUUAGCAGCUGCUAGAGAACUUUUUGGGCCUGAACUUUUUCGGUUAAGAGUUCUUGAGUUAAAUGCAUCUGAUGAACGUGGAAUACAAGUAAUUCGAGAAAAAGUGAAAAAUUUUGCUCAAUUAACUGUGUCAGGAAGUCGUUCAGAUGGGAAGCUGUGUCCUCCUUUUAAGAUUGUGAUUCUAGAUGAAGCAGAUUCUAUGACCUCAGCUGCUCAAGCAGCUUUAAGACGUACCAUGGAGAAAGAGUCUAAAACCACCCGAUUCUGUCUCAUUUGCAACUAUGUCAGUCGAAUAAUUGAGCCCCUGACCUCUAGAUGUUCAAAAUUCCGCUUUAAGCCUCUGUCAGAUAAAAUUCAACAGCAGCGAUUAUUAAACAUUACUGAGAAAGAAAAUGUCAAAAUUAGCAGUGAGGGAAUAGCUUAUCUUGUUAAAGUGUCAGAAGGAGACUUAAGAAAAGCCAUUACAUUUCUUCAGAGUGCUACUCGAUUAACAGGGGGAAAAGAGAUCACGGAGGAAGUGAUUACAGACAUUGCUGGGGUAAUACCAUCUGAGACAAUUGAUGGAGUAUUUGCUGCAUGUCAGAGUGGCUCCUUUGACAAACUAGAAACUGUGGUGAAGGACUUAAUAAUUGAGGGUCAUGCCGCAACUCAGCUUGUAAAUCAACUUCAUGAUGUGGUUGUAGAAAAUGAUACCCUUUCUGAUAAACAGAAGUCUAUCAUUACAGAAAAACUUGCUGAAGCUGAUAAGUGCUUAGCAGAUGGUGCUGAUGAACAUCUACAAUUAAUCAGUCUUUGUGCAACUGUGAUGCAGCAGUUAACUCAGAAUUGUUAGAAUACCUACUUUUUUUGUUUAUGGACUUAUGAGAAAAAUAAAAUGACCAAA